UGCUCCUGCGCGAACGGCCCGAUGUUUACAUGGCGUGAGCUUGAAAGGAGAGACGGCACAAUUCUUGUAUGAAUUUUAACGAAUCAUGUCCGACCUAGCGUCUCCCAGAUCGCCUGGCUCGGGUGAAUUCGGCCAUGAUGACUUCGACUACGACGACGAUAACGACGCAGAUUUCGAGGAUUCGCGAGACUACGAGGACAGAGAGAGUGACGAUGAUACAGAUCUGGGUAGUGAAGGAGAACAGAGAGGAAAAGAAGAAUAUGCAGGCAUUAAGGAGCAGAUGUAUCAAGACAAGCUGGCCCAACUGAAGAAACAGUUGCAGCAGCUGCGAGACAACACACACCCGGAGUAUAACAAAAAGCUAAAGAAAAUUGAUGCAGCUAUUGCGGUUAAACGACUUAUGGAGGGGAGUAGAGAUAGAAUGUGUUGAAAGAGAUUAUUUAGCUGAGAAAAGAUUAGCUGGAAAGGAAUUUGAAGAGAAGAAGAAGGAAUUGAAAGAAAACCUUUUGUUGGAGCUAGAAGAUAAGAAGAAAAUCAUUGAACAGGAAAGAUUCACACUUGAACUCACAGGAGACUCAAUGGAGACAAGAUAUGGAAUGGUAAGGGAGUCACCAAGACGUUUAUUGGCGAGGCUUAAAAAUCUGGCACCAAGUAGACUAAGCCAAAUCCUGAGGCCCAAAAUUGAUGCGUAUAAGCCAGUUUCAACUCGAAAGCUGCGUCGAAGAGGUAAUGAGCCUGCACCCAUUGUGGAAAAGCGGCGGAAACCUGUUUCUAAUACACUUCAACUCUUGCUUGAAGAACGUGAAGUGGAUGAAGACUUGAAGCUCAUCAACAAGAGCAAGCUCAUUAAUAUGAAGAAAACCUCACCUGCCAUAGCUCCUCCUGAGCUUAUUGGUAAUGAACCAAAAAUUGAAAAUGGAAAGCUCUAUUUUGAUAAAAAGUGGUUUCACAAAGGCCAAGCUGUGAUGAUUGAGUGCAAAGAUGGAACCCGGUUCAAUGCUAUUCUCACUGUUGCAGGGAAUGAUAUGAUUAUGGUAAGGAAAGUACCAGACAACAUUCGCUUGAAAAUUACCCUGGCCCAGUUGGCACAUGGGAAAUACUUGGUGCGCCGGAGGAGUUCAACGUGACAAGCAGAGGAUGUGUUUGCUGUGGGUUUCCAAGCUUCUUUUAAAC